AUGCUGCGGGUCGCGCAGCCAGGAGCUCACCUGGCACAGCCGAAGCUCGCUCCUAACUUCGCUUCCUUUCCCACCUCGUCGCCGCAGCCGCCGCCUCUCCGCCUUCGCCCAGCUAUGUCAUUCGUGGGCAAAUGGAAGAUGUACAAAAGCGAGAACUUUGAAGAGUUCAUGAGAGCAUGCAAGUACGAGGAGGAUGUCAUCACCAGGGGAAAGACGGCCGAGAUCGAGGUGGUGUACGAGCGACAGGGCGACGACUUCACCAUGCGCCUCUUCGUGAACGGCAAGGAGACGGUGAACUGCUUCACGCUGGGCAAGGAGGCGGAACUCACGGGGCCCCUCGGCACCAAGGUCAAGAGCACCACGGUGCUGGAGGGGGGCAAGUUGGUGUCCAAGCUGGAGAAGAUCUCUCACGUGCAGGAGCUGGUGGGCGACGAGCUCGUGGAGACCUUGGGAAUCGGGACCGUGGUGAUGGUCAGGAAAUUCAAGCGCGUGGCGUAAACCCCUCCACGUGGACGUGAGCAGCGGCAGCAACAACAGCAGCAGCGGCAACAACAACAACAGCAGCAGCAACAACAACAACAGCAGCAACAACAGCAGCAGCAGCAGCAACAGCAGCAACAACAA